AUGGCUGGCAACUACGUGAAAAACCAAGCCCCGGGCUUUAUAAACCAGAUCCGGCGCGUUGCCAUGGUCGGCGCCGGAGGCUCCGUUGGCAAGCCCAUCGCACAGGAAGUGCUUAAAACGGGCAAGCACACUCUAACCGCCUUGACUCGCGUGGGCAGCCAAAACACCUUGCCCGAAGGCAUCCAGUCGGUCUCGGUCGACUACAAUGACGAGGCAAGCCUGAUGAGCGCUCUCAAGGACCAGGACUGCCUCAUCAUCACUCUGGCCGUUACAGCGCCGUCCGACACUCAACUCAAGCUUGUGCAAGCUGCCGCCAAAGCGGGUGUCAAGUAUGUGAUGCCGAACAUAUGGGGCUGCGACGUCACGAACGAAGGGUUGGCGAACGAUGUGCCGGGCUGGAACCGGAUGCCCGCCGUAGCCGCUGAAAUGGAGAAAGCCGGAAUCGCGUGGAUCGGGGUGAUCUGCGGGUUUUGGUACGAGCACAGUGUGACACUCGGGCCCGACGCCUUUGGGUUCAACUUUGUGGAGAAGAAGUUGACUCUGUGCGAUGAUGGAAACACCAAAAUCAAUAUCAGCACUCAGACCCAGUGUGGCCGGGCGGUUGCCACCAUCUUGAGUCUCCCGGUGCUGCCUCAGGAUGAGGAUGACCAGAGCCUGACGGUGGCUCGCUGGCUGAACAAGCAAGUUUUCAUCUCGAGCUUCUUGCUCAGCCAGAAGGACAUGUUUGAGAGCUGGAAGCGGGUCACGGGCGACCAGGAUAGUGACUGGACCAUCGAGUACGAGCCGAGCAGUCAGCGACAUCAGAGGGGGGUGGAGCGCGUGAAGCAGGGGGAUUUCAGCAAAUAUCCUCUGACCAUGUACUCGCGUGUCCUUUUCCCCAACGGAGGUGGUAAUUUCGAGAGCACGCAUGAGCUGGCCAAUUCACUUCUGGGCCUGCCUAUGGAGGAUCUGGAUGAGCAAACCAAGAAGGCCAAGGUAAUGGUUGACCGGGGGUAUAACUACAUGACAAACCGCAACUAA